GACAUGUAGAUCCGCGCAGCGUACUCAUACUGCAAGAAAGUGUCAUGUGAUGUUUUCAAGGGCUGAUUGAUUCGGGAAAUAGUGUGGCAGCUAGUAGAAAUGUUGAAAGGGCGUUUGCGCUAGUUGGUUCAAUGCCAAAUGGAGCAAGACGCUCGAUAUGCGGAUGCAGGGGUAUCGCCAGAAAGAGGGUCUGGGGUGGAUGAGCCUUUGGACGAUGUUGUCCUUGUGAACGAGCAGGCCAUAGAGAAACUGACUGAAGGGCUGAUUUCUCACUAUGUGCCCGAGCUACAGCGUUCCAAGCAAGCUCUGCAGGAGCUGACGCAAAAUCAGGCCAUAUUACUUGAUACACUGGAACAGGAAAUAGCCAAACUUCGAGAGUGCAAUUCCAUGAUUGAUCUAAAUUCUCUGUUCUCAGAGGCAAAAGUGUAUCACAGCAAACUGGUAAACAUACGGAAAGAGAUGAUAACUUUGCAUGAGAAGACCUCCAAGCUAAAGAAGAGAGCUUUGAAACUCCAGCAGCAGAGGCACAAGGAGGUCCUGGAAAGAGAACAGCAGAGGGAGAGAGAACUGGAGAGAGAGAGACAACUAACUGCCAAACCAGCCAAACGCACUUAAUGCCAGUCUACCAAAUGUGCAAAAGCCAGAGAAACCACUGCACAUUCUAGCCUCUGUACAGACAUGAGCCCCUGAGCCUCCAUUAUAUGCUUGUGUUUUUUAUGUUGGGUCCACUUCACCAUGCCUUUUUGGCUACCACCUGCUACAACAGUAUUGUUGACAAGCAAUUUGACCUACAAGUAUUGCAGAAGGCUGGAUUUCUCUAUUAGAAGGACAACAUAAGACCCAGCUGUCUAGUACGAGGAAAGAUGAAGGAUGUUGCUGUUAUCAAGCAGUGAUUUUUGAGUGAAGUUAACCAGCUGACUGGGAAAUCUCCUGCAGGAAAUAUCCUAGAGACAGUUCGGACGUUUAUGAGGCAUGGUAGUGGUGGUCACCAUGGUCAGUGGCUCUCUCAGCACCAUAUUGUCACCAGAGGCAGCCUCCCUCUAACCCCUAACUCCCAAGGCUGUCCUGGACUCUCAUAUCUGAUGUCUGUAUGAUAAUUAAUGAUGUCAUUAAAGAAGCACAGAGUUUUUAAAGCUA